UCUUCAUAUUCGUUGAAACCCUAGCCACAAUUUGCUUCUCCUUGAUUUUCCCUUGAAAAAAAAGCCAGAUCUCAUCAUCAUCAUAGAGAGACCGCCUUCACAGAUCGACACUUGGGUUUACAGACAACCAAAUGUCAAAGAGAAAAGCGGCAGGGCCAAUAAAAGAGAGUUCGCAGACAACCAAAGUAAAAGAAACAGACGCCCUUACGGCAUGGAAAAGGAAACAGGAAUCCAUUGUGGCAAAUUAUGCUAUUCUCUGGCCGUUGGGCGGUCCUGCUCCGGAUCGGGAGUGCCUUUUCGCUCCUGUUUUGGAAAUGUUGGAGUUUGUCAGGUCCCCAAGUGGAGAGAUUCGGACCGUCCCUUUCUUGGUAGUGUGCAGGCAUACUGCACCAAUUACAAUUCAAUUUCAAGACCCUUUGAAUCAUGUUAGGACGUCCAUCUUUUCUUGUGCAGUGAAAAUGGAAAGAAUAUAUCAAUCCAAUCCUUCCAAGUUCGAACACUUGUACAGUUUGGUGAACUUUGAUGUCGAAACAAAUAAUUCUGAUGAACAAUGCUCGAGUACCGUUUCUCUUGUUUGGCUCACAAGAUACAUGGAUUUUUUGGUAGAGCUGUUUCGGAACUUACGGGAGCAUCCUCCAGAUUGGGUUACAAUUCGGGCUGUUUAUAACGCCUAUGCGAAGACCCUGAUAAAAUGGCAUGAUGAAAAAAUUCUUGGACGCAAGUUUGCUCCUGAAAAAGACUUGUUGUUGAAGGUGAUCGGAGGCAAUGGUGAUGUCAUGGGAGACAUGGAGAAAUUUUGCACUUCCUUUACUCCUCUACUUAAACAGAAUCACGAGUUUUUGGCUAGUCUUGGAAUGGAUGAUUUGAAGUUAUCUGGUGCUAGCCUUGUAGCAAAGGUACCAAGUACAUACCCAAAAAAAGAAAAGAUGGGGAAGACUAUGUUUGCUCCUGCUUUGGAAGAAUUGGAGAGCGUGAAGUCUAAAUCAAAAGAGAUUCUGACGAAGCAUUUCUUGGAAUCGUGCAAUAAGAUUUUGCCUGUUAGGUUCAUUCAUUUCCCUCAUUUAUUUCAUCCCGUGAAUAGUGGCUUUAAUUCGUUUGAUUCCAAGCUUUGA